AUGGUGACUAUUAUAAAAAAUCAAUUGCUGAAACAUCUGUCGAGGUACACAAAGAAUCUGUCACCAGAACAGAUCUCCCUGUCAGCGCUACGAGGGUCUGGUGAGCUUCAAGACCUUACAUUAGAUGAAGAAUUACUGACAGAUCUGCUGGAGCUUCCAGGAUGGGUGCGGCUGACAUCAGCUAAGUGCAACAGAGCUUCGUUCAGGAUACAGUGGACUAAGCUAAAGACUGUGCCUAUAGUUCUGAAUCUUGACGAGGUGCACAUAGCUUUAGAAGUAUGUCAAGAACCGCGUGUGAUGAACCCAAAUGCGGCUGGCGCCCUCCCAGUUCCUGGAAAAUACAGCUAUAUACAUAAGGUAAUCGAUGGAAUUUCAGUGGCGGUAAACCACGUACAAAUAGACUUUAGUUGCGAAGCUUUCACCAGCAGUGUUCAGAUCUCAAGAGUGACGGUAGAGUCCCGAACGCCAGAAGGACGUAAAGGAGACUUAAGACUGACUAGAAUCAAAUCACCGGACACAGGACAGCUGCUUAUAUUUAAGGAGUUAGAAUGGCAGAGCGCUCGCAUAGAGGCGAAGGCGCAUGGCGCGGCUGCUGCCAACCUACCGCCUCUGCGACUGCUUCUCGGGAACACGCACUGUCGGAUCGUUAUCAAAAAGAGAUUGUCAGACUGCGCCGUGGUGGGGUCACGGCUGGCGCUGUGCCCGGAGCCGCUGGCGUGGGCGCUGACGGACGGGCAGCUGCGUGCCGCGCUGGCGUGCGCCGCCGCGCUGGCCGCGCCCGUGCGCCGCGCCACCGCCGCCGCCACCCGCGCCAAGGCGCUGAGGAAGAUUGAGGAACCUCGAGAACCCGUACCUACCAAAUCGGCUACAGGGGAACGAGAUAUACUAGCUAGAAUGUUCGCGAAACACGACGUACGCGAAACCUCCUACCACCUGCUUGCACCUAGAAUUGACCUCCAUUUAUGUGAUGAUCCAGGCUUGGGCAGGUCCGAAAAGCCAUCAUUGUCAAAGGGAGGCGCGUUACAAGUGACUUUAGUGAGCAUGCAGGCUGAUCUUUUCCCAUACCAUAAAGCGUCAGAUGAUAGAAGACAUUGGCGUGGUUAUAGGGAAUCAGCGACGCCGCACAGCCAAUGGUUAUCACAAGCGCUAUCGUCUUUUUGUACUACAUUACUCGAUACACUUGACCCGAGGCCAAUCAUUCCGAGUAAUAAAACAAAUCAAACCGAUAAUGGCGAAGGGCCAGUGUCCAACGGCAUCAAACACCAGCAGCCACCACAACAACACAGUGCUUCCACAGCUCCGUCCACUAACACAACUACCUCACAAGCGUCGCCGACGAGAACACGAAUACUUCAGCAUCUGGGCAAAUUGAUGACCACAUGUCUAGUACUUAGAAUAGAUGACUUCACUGUAUACAAGGUAUCGACAGGGUCCAAGUCCCGGGAAGCCCCGCGGCCUCUUGUAAGUGCGGAGAAAGCCACACUUCCGGGUGACGCUGGUCUUUUGCAUGCAGAACUUACAUUUUUUUAUUACCCUGGUGAUAUAUGCUUCCCUGUGCCAGCACCCAAACUUUACGUGCAACUAUCCCCAGUCCGGAUAUCAGUAGAUGUCCAGAGCGUAGUGUGGCUGGGAGCCUUCCUACCUCAUGUAGCUAGAGCAUUAAAACAAGAAGAACUAAGCGAAGAAGAUGUGCCGCAACCGCCUUACAUGGAUGUCAGGAUGGAAUCUAUUAUGCCCAAGAUCGUGUUAGAAGCUGGCACAGAGCACAUUUCCCAGCAGCGCGACCGACCAAAGGAGUUACAUAUAUGUACUGCAAGGGCGACCCUUACCAACGUUCGAGAAUCGCCUAGAGCCAAUUCUGCGGGCACUCGCGCGGACCUGGCGUCGAUCCUGGCGGCGCUGCGGCGCUCCGCCCCCCCUAGCGGUCAGUUCCCAUGCACGUUGGACGACAUGGACCCCCUACACGAGCAGUUCAUACUGCACGCGGACAACUUAGACGACAUAGAUCGUGGCACAGAAAUCUCGCCCGAGCUGUUGUGGCGCGAGAACAGGUCCGUGUGGUGCGCGCGCGUCGAGCCGCUGUGGGCUGACUUCUGUGGCGCGAGGGCUACUAACUACAAACCUGCUCCUUUGCUCGACGCCACGCCUCUUACCGCUUGGAUAUGUUUUGAUGACGAUAUGUCGCGUAUCUGGAUAGUGGCCCGAACUUGCGGAUUGGCUGGACUUCAGCUCAACCAUUACCAGAUGCUGUUCCUCAUGCGACAGUUGGAAAGAAUCUCCGAGAUGACAGCAUGGCUGGCGCAUGACGCUGAUCGACAACCAGAUGCUGAAGAUGGAUCAAUAGUAAUAGGCGUAGUUGUACCAGCUGUGGAGCUUACCUUCGUGCUUCCAUCCAACUGUCCCGGACAAGAGUCUUCCAGAGAUCUCGACAGUGUGCCUCUAGACUCUUCCAGCUUACAGGACUUGAAAAUGGAACAUCAAGCCGUAUCCACUUUAGAAGCGUCAACACCACUUGAGGAUAACUGCAUAGGUUCCGAAGCUACUAUGGCCCCAUCCAUUGUUGAUCGCGACAGUGGAGUGCUGGCUACGACUUCGAUCGAUGUAUAUCAACCGAUACCUAUUGAGGAACCGCUCCCGCCCAGUCCUGGACUCAAUUUUGGUGGUUUCUCUUCAAUGCGUCGCGGCUUCACGUCCCUGGUGACGUCUAUAGACAGUGCGCUGACCCGCGACGACACGCGCAGUGACGCUGCGUCCACGGCCAGCUCCGACAGCGAUAGAUACGUGGUGGUGGGACUCGCGGCUGAAUCGCCCGACGAUGCUGAUAUGGCAUUUAGAGAGUUCGAACACGGCCGAGUCUCGAGUGGCGUGGAGGUAGCAGCUGAAGUUGUGGAAAGGUCUUCCUCACCCAGCGAUCGAUCUGUCACCAGCUCGUGUCGGAGACGAGAUGUGAUAUCAACGAGCACAUGGAGACUAAACAACAUCCACGUUGUACAUCAAAGUGUUGGAAGCAAUUCCGCUUUAAGGCUUGCCGCUGACGAUCUGAAAAGCGAUGAAUGUUCUGCAAUCCCUUGGGAUGAGUUCCAGAAUAAGUUCUCGAUGCGGGCGCGUGCUUGGUCGGAGCCGGUGUUCGAGAGUGAUGAGUUGGCAACGAGAGCUAUUCCUAACGUCGCCGCAAGAUUUGUAAGGACUCAGCUGCCAAGAAAACCUGAUGAAAAGGGAGAAGUAUCAGGAUUAGCGCCAUUUGAGGAACUGCUCGAGGCUCGGGUGAGGGACCUCUCUAUAGCUCUCAACAUGAGUACUGCCUUGGCACUCGCUGAGCUUAUUGAGGACGAGGUUGUGGCUCCACCUAUGCCUUUAGAGGUAUUAAUAGAGAACGUGAAACUCCACCUAAUAGAAGACCGUCCCACUCGCUCAAUAUCCUCCCCCCCGCCCCAACCUUUGGACCUCGAUUUGACGACGAUUCGAAUGACCCGCGACACCGCCGGAGUUGUGCGACUCGGCCCCCCAGUGUCAACUCCGUCGACGAUAGCGUCACCGGCCACUCCGCAACCCAUGCCGGAGCUAGAUGAAGCCAAAGAGAAAAUUGAAAGGCUGAAUAGAGAAAAUGAAGAGUUAAGGAAAAGACUAGUCACGUUAGCAAGGAUAGCAGAAGAUAAUAGGGAGCUUAGAGCUAAAGUGGAGGAGGGCAUCUGUACUUCGAAAGGGUUCUCCCGGGGGCCCCCAACAAAAAGGGGCCCCAAAAGGAGCAACUAUCAGGUGUCGCGGAAAAGAUGCGGUCCCGAGGCGGUCCGCCGCAGGGCUGCCUCGAUUGCACGGCGUGCUGCGGAGACCAGCAGACGUAGAUGCGAACUUUAUAAACAACCCUAG